AUGCCUUUCUGCUACUGGAACUGGGACAUUUUGGAUACUUACCUUGUAUCUCCUGGGCCCUGUCCUGUGGGUUACACGCACAGCGAAUGGAGUCCAUGGCCUGGGAUCUGCUACAAGGCGUUCAACACACCCAAGACCUUCAGCGAAUCAGCCGAGACCUGUGUUAAAGAUGGCGGCACACUUGCCAUACCUCGAGACGCCAAUACCAACGACUUCCUGAUUAAGCUCAAGAACACCGUGGACCACACUUCAACCUACUGGUUCGGCCUGGACGAUCGUCACAUGGAAGGAAGCUUUGAGUGGGCUGAUGGAACCCGCCUUUACGGGCACCAAUUCGACUUCUGGGCUCCGGGAGAACCAAACGACUUCAACAACUUUGAAGACUGCGUGCACUACGAAGCCUCCCAAGAUCCAGAGUUCGCAAACAAGUGGGACGACGGCUCAUGCGACACUACAGCUGGCUUCAUAUGCGAAGUCAUCCCAGGAUCGGCAGAGUGA